CAUUCCCCCUCUUCUGUAGGCUAUUUCUCUGGCGCGCGCGCUCACACUAACCUUGGCUCGACGUCAGAGGCUGUGCAGCAGUGCAGUAUAAUGGGAGAGUAGGCAACUCAAAGUGCCUCAUAGGCUGCUAUCGCGAUUCAGCUCUGCUUGGCGCUCUCUGCUGCUCCCCUACCAACGCUCAUCACGUGUGGAUAUCCGGCUGCCCGUGUCUCACCUCCACCCCCCCCGGUUUGUAACGCCCGACAUGGAUGUCCCGCCGUCUCUUGAACCGGAGGAUCGUUUCUUGGUGCAGUGAAGUAGGGAAUCAUGCCGGGACUGCUAAUGAAUUUAGAGGAAGCGCGAGUGACCAUGCCGUGAUCCUGUACGUGGGCUGCCGUCACCCUGCCGAACGACCGUAGACCAAAUUCCGGGCGAAUCAAAAGCGUACGGGGGAUCACCACUGUGCAUUUUACAAACAACAUGAAGAUUACCUCCCCGCUGAAAACUAGUCUCGUUUUCAGGUUCAACCUCAGACUGCUGCUCCCGCUUCUGAUGCUGUUUCUGGGAUACUCUCGCGGGAUGCCGCACGUUUUAAGAUAUGGAGGAAUAUUUGAAUCCACCGAAAGCGGCCCAUCAGGAGCAGAGGAACUCGCCUUUAAAUUUGCCUUGAACACAAUCAACAGGAACCGCACCCUGCUGCCCAACACCACACUCACAUAUGACAUCCAGAGAAUAAACAUCUUCGACAGCUUUGAGGCCUCCAGAAAAGCCUGUGACCAGCUCUCCCUGGGGGUGGCUGCCAUCUUUGGCCCCUCCCACAGCUCGUCAGCCAACGCAGUCCAGUCCAUUUGUAAUGCCCUGGGGGUGCCCCACAUCCAGACCAAGUGGAAGCACCAGGUGUCAGACAACAGGGACUCUUACUACAUCAGCCUCUACCCAGACUUCCAGUCCCUCAGCCGGGCCAUCCUGGACCUGGUGCACUUCUUCAAAUGGAGGACGGUCACUGUGGUCUAUGAUGACAGCACAGGUCUUAUUCGGUUGCAGGAGCUGAUCAAGGCGCCAUCCCGAUACAACAUUCGUUUGAAGAUCCGACAGUUGCCGGCAGAGACCAAGGAUGCCAAGCCACUUCUGAAAGAGAUGAAGAAAGCAAAGGAGUUCCACGUGAUCUUUGACUGCGGCCAUGAAAUGGCUGCCUGGAUCCUGAAACAGGCUCUAGCCAUGGGAAUGAUGACAGAGUACUACCACUACAUCUUCACCACCCUGGACCUUUUCGCCCUGGAUAUGGAGCCGUAUCGGUACAGCGGAGUCAACAUGACGGGUUUCCGGAUCCUAAACACGGAAAACUCUCAGGUGUCGUCGAUCAUCGAGAAGUGGUCCAUGGAACGCCUACAAGCCCCUCCCAAACCGGACUCGGGCCUACUGGAUGGAUUCAUGACGACGGACGCAGCGCUGAUGUUCGACGCGGUGCACGUUGUGGCUGUGGCGGUGCAGCAGUCACAGCAGAUCACCGUCAGCUCGCUGCAGUGCAACCGCCACAAACCCUGGCGCUUCGGGGCGCGCUUCAUCAGCCUCAUCAAAGAGGCCCAUUGGGAUGGCUUGACUGGACGCAUCCUUUUCAACAAAACCAACGGACUGAGGACAGACUUCGACCUGGAUGUGAUCAGUCUUAAGGAGGACGGACUGGAAAAGAUAGGAACGUGGGACCCUCCCAGUGGCCUGAACAUGACGGAGAACCACAAGAGCAAGACAACCAACAUCACAGACUCUCUGGCUAACAAAUCCCUCCGCGUCUCCACCAUACUAGUGGAGCCCUACGUGAUGUUCAAGAAGUCAGACAAGCCGCUGUACGGCAACGACCGCUUCGAAGGCUACUGCAUCGACCUGCUCCGCGAGCUCUCAGCGAUCCUGGGCUUCCGCUAUGAGGUGCGCCUGGUGGAGGACGGGAAGUACGGGGCGCUGGAGGAGAGCACGGGCCAGUGGAAUGGCAUGGUCAGGGAGCUUAUGGACCACAAAGCAGACCUAGCGGUGGCUCCGUUGGCCAUCACCUACGUGAGGGAGAAGGUCAUCGACUUCUCCAAGCCCUUCAUGACCCUGGGGAUAAGUAUCCUCUACCGCAAGCCCAACGGAACCAACCCGGGCGUCUUCUCCUUCCUCAACCCCCUCUCACCCGAUAUCUGGAUGUAUAUUCUGCUGGCUUACUUGGGUGUCAGUUGUGUGCUGUUUGUCAUAGCCAGGUUCAGCCCGUACGAGUGGUACAACCCCCAUCCGUGCAACCCGGACUCAGACGUGGUGGAAAACAAUUUUACGCUGCUCAAUAGUUUCUGGUUUGGCGUCGGGGCUCUCAUGCAGCAAGGCUCAGAGCUCAUGCCCAAGGCCCUGUCCACCAGGAUUGUGGGAGGCAUCUGGUGGUUCUUCACCCUGAUCAUCAUCUCCUCCUACACGGCCAACCUGGCUGCCUUCCUCACCGUGGAGCGCAUGGAGUCGCCCAUCGACUCGGCCGACGACCUGGCCAAACAGACCAAGAUCCUGUACGGAGUGGUGGAAGACGGAUCAACCAUGACAUUCUUCAAGAAGACUAAGAUCUCCACCUAUGACAAGAUGUGGGAGUUCAUGAACAGCCGGCGAUCGUCAGUGAUGGUGAAAGACAUAGAUGCAGGCAUCCAGCGCGUGCUCACCUCUGACUACGCCUUCCUCAUGGAGUCCACAACCAUAGAGUUCGUCACCCAGCGCAACUGCAACCUCACCCAGAUAGGAGGCCUCAUCGACUCCAAGGCCUAUGGAGUAGGGACGCCCAUGGGCUCUCCGUACCGGGACAAGAUCACCAUAGCGAUCCUGCAGCUGCAGGAAGAAGGGAAGUUGCACAUGAUGAAGGAGAAGUGGUGGAGGGGGAACGGUUGUCCGGAGGAUGAGAAGAAUAAAGAGGCUAGCGCUCUGGGGGUGCAGAACAUCGGGGGUAUCUUCAUCGUGCUGGCUGCAGGGCUGGUGCUGUCUGUGUUUGUGGCCGUCGGCGAGGUCCUGUACAAGUCUAAACAGAACGCUGAACUGGAGAAGCGCUCCUUCUGUAGUGUCAUGGUGGAUGAGUUGCGCGGCUCCCUGAAGUGCCAGCGGCGCCUCAAGCAGAAGCCCCAGCCGCCGGUCAUCGUCAAGACCGAGGAGGUCAUCAACAUGCACACAUUCAAUGACAGGAGACUGCCGGGCAAGGAGACCAUGGCAUGAUGGGGGUCAAAGGUCAAGAAAAGGUCAAACACACAGCCAGAGGAUCUGGAGAGGUUGAAUGAACGUUGACGUAACGUUAACGUAACCUGAAACUAUAUUGCAUUGGCCCCCAGCUUUGGUAGUAUGGUAGAGAUGUUUCCUGUGGAAAUGUAGACUUGUGGACAUGACUGGAGAUGACUGUCACCUCACUGUGGCCAACGCUUUGUGAAAUAUACUUUUUGGAGGAUUGUGGGGACAAGUUGAAGGAUUGUGAGGCGGAUGGAUCUUUGCGAUGGAUCUCAAUGGGGAUUCAAAGGGGAUAACUCAAAAUGCAGGUCUGUUGAGACUGUCUUCACAGUCAGUGACUUUACAUACAUACACACACACACAAACACACACACACACCUAUUCAGAGCAUCACACUAUACCUUGAGACCAUAAUACCCCAAGAAAUGAGUUGUUGUUUUCUCUGUUGAUGUCAAUUACACUAUUGUCAAAUCUACGUGUGUGUAUCCAGUCGAUCAAAAUGGAUCUCACUACAGGCGAUUAUGAUAAGGAAUGUUACAAAGUGCCAAAAUGUUGAAUAAGAACUGUAUAAAGAAAAUAGAGAGGAUACCCAGUUCCUAAAAUAUGUAUUUAUUUCAUUUUAAAUCAUUGAUGUUGAUUGAUCUUCCUAAUACUCAUUGUUUAUCUUCUGUAAUGCCUUUUAUCGUUCCAAAGUUCGGCCAUCAUAAAGAACUGACAUAUUACUUUCAAUGCCUCCACAAACAUGCUGUACAGUGUCAAAAAUAACAUUACAAUCUGCCAUUUUGAGUCAAUAUCCACUGUUUAAAGGCAGGAUUUUUACAAAAAAAUGUUUGUUUUUGUAUGCAGACAAAGUUUUGUAGUACUUUCUAUCAGAGUAGCAUUCUCUGUGGACUUCACAUACUGUAUGUAGCAGGUGCCAACUUGGGUGCCAACUCCUAAUUCUGACUACAGGUGAUUCAGGGCCCUCCCCCGCUCUGGGGCCUCCGGGGUCCCCUCACUGUGCCGUGUGGGGCCCCUCUCUCUCCUCUGCUGUAUGGGGCCUGGCCGUUCUAGAGCUGCCUCCCCAUCUCCCUACUAAACCUAGCUUCCAUAGCUACACAGUGGUUGUGUUUCAAUCAUUUUAACUUGUUUCCUUUCCUUGUGUCCAUUCCUCCAUGACCACUGAUCUGGUGAAAACCUAUCCAGUCUUUUAUCUAUCAAUGGUCGUGAAGGAUGAAGGGUGUACUCAUUCAGAGUAGGAUGAAGUUGCCCCUAGAAACUGAUAUUGGGUCACUUUUGCAUUUUCCCACUAAUGGUUAAAGAGCGGCUGAACUCACUGAUUCCGCGUGUGUUUUUCUGCUGCUCAUUAAGAAAAACAAGAUUUGAGUAUUGGGGUUGUUGUUCGAUGUGGGUGUGUUAUGUUCGCUUUAUCGUACCCUGGCAGUUACUGUUGUUUGUCCCUCUUGAGUCACGGUAGCAACAAUAUAGCCACUACCACUUCCUCAAAAUAGUCAGAAUUAAUCUAAGACAAAAUCAAGAAAUGUGUAAUGAAUUUAGACGUUUUUGCCGAGGAGGUCUUAGUCGUGCAAUUUUACAUCUUGCUAAGGUGUUUGGUGCAGUAUUUCUCAAGUUAAAAGAAGUGCAUGAAAAGGUCAGUGGACUGUAGACCGUAUGGAGUCAGCUGCUGCUGGCUACGCUCAGAACUGAUUUCUGAGAACACUUCUACAACUUCAUCAUCAGCGAGCUGUCAAGCUAUCAUAAAUAAAGCACAAGCUGCUACACACUGUUUAUCAGUGCCCAAAAUCACAAUCUAGCUAAGUUCCAUCUCUGUGUUGGUCAAUGAAGCUAGUUAGCAGUAGCUAGCAGGCACAUUGAGCAGGCAGGUCACGAUAGCUAAAUAAGCUUAUCAAGCCGCUGGCGACGUGACAUGCUUCGGUGCCGUUUCAUUUUUACAACUUUCUCACUAUUACCACAGUGUUGGUCUGUUUCAUAGGGAAUCACGUUACAAAACAGGUCGCGGCUGGACACAAGACGUUCGAGAAUGGGUUUUAAAUUGACAAGUGGUAGAGAGAUGCAAGUGCGCAUCGUCUCAAUUUCAUUUUGCCCAAAACACUUGCAGACACUAUCAAACACAUUAGAAAGCAGCCACUCGAUAAAGGGCUUAGGGGCCAAGUGUUCUUUCAACAUAACAUUGGCAACGUGUUAUCUUAUGCGAACCAGUCCGAGACGCUGCAUAAUGGACAGGGCUGUCUCACUGUCUGGAGGUUCACUGCUAUGAUUGGAUAGAGUGCAAUCAGCACAGCUGACUCUCCGUGCAUUCUCCCUAGGUGAUACCAUCCCGUGUAAGUGGGAAAGUAGGCAUGUAAUCCAAACCCAAACCUCAUGUAAGUCGUGACGACCUCAGUUACACAAAUCUCACAAAAUUCAGUUUUGGAAUAUACUGACCCAAAUUAUCCUACUUACACUUUUUAUUCAAGUGGCACUGGAAUAAAUGUUUGACUAAUAUCGAUGCCACACAGAUACGUUUUUUUUUUUGCAUUCAGUUCCCCUUUUAAGGUUAGAAUUGGGGGAGGGGAAGCUGAUCCUGAUCUGGGCCUAGGGGAAACUUCACCCCGGAUCGUCUAACUCCCAGAAAAGAAAAUCUUCAAUACAAGGGUCGAUGUUUCUGAAAAUAUUUGUGCUGUACAUGAAUGAAUGAAUGAAUGAAUGAAUGUAGAAUGUAUGAGUCAUUUCAAGAAACCAUUUAUGAACAAUACAGGGGGAGACCUAGUUCCAAUGCUUGUUUUUGUUCUACCAGUAUUUCUUAUCAUUUUCUACCUGCUAGAUUCAGUGGUACAAUGUGUAAUGGUUGAAUAAUAAUUUGGAAGUUUAUCAGAAAAUAUCCAACUGUAUUGUCCCCCAAAAAAUGAGGUCAUAGAAUUUAUUUGACAUUGAUGCAAGGUUUUACAAAAAAAACAUAUAAUAAAAAAAACUCAUUCAUU